CCCAGCCCUGCCCCCACCCGGGCACAGCGGAGUACCAGGCCCUGUGCCCCCGUGGGAACGGCUACGCCGCGACGGGACCCCUCGCCACGCUCACAGACAUGGACGAGUGCGCGCUCUUCAGCGCCCAGCUGUGCCGGGGGGGCGUCUGCCUCAACAGCGCCCCUGGCUACGCCUGCUACUGCCCCAACGGCUACUACUACGAGACACAUCACCUGGAGUGCAUCGAUAAUGACGAGUGCCGUGACGAGGAGGCAGAGCCCUGCGUGGGGGGGGCCUGCGUGAACACCAUCGGCUCCUUCUACUGCGCCUGCUCGCCCCCCCUCGUGCUGGACGGGUCCCAGCGCCGCUGCGUGGCCAACGACAGCCAGGCCCUGG